AUGAUCGCCUCUCGGCGGAUCGGUGCCUGGUCCAUCAACGUGGUCGAGGUCCUCGGCUGCUCCACCUCCCGGGCUGUUUCUGUGCUUCAAGCUGUGCAAACUGUGCCACCACCAGCCAAGCUCGUCAAAGGCUCUCUUGACACAUUAACACUUAACUGGCAUUCCUAUAAAGAAGCAUGCUUGAAAAAAUUGCAGGCAUCUAAAGUAAAUACAGGACUAUAUUGCAAUGGGACUUUUGAUCAAUUUGUUUGCUGGCCUUAUUCAUCUCCAGGAAGUGUCUCUGUUCCUUGCCCAUCUUAUUUACCGUGGCUAAAAAAUGGAAGUGCAGGAAAUGUAUACAGAGUCUGCUUGGACCAAGGAAUUUGGAAAACUUUAGAAAACUCCAGCCAGAUUUGGAGUAACCGUUCAGAGUGCAUUGAGAAGAAUCACGGACAGUCAAAAAAAGAAAAACAUCUAUUGUAUGUCACCCUCCAGCAUCUUUAUACUGUGGGAUAUUCUUUUUCAAUUGCUUCCCUUGCAUUAGCAAUACUCCUACUGCUGCUGCUGAGGAAACUGCAUUGCACAAGGAACUUCAUCCACAUGAAUCUGUUUGCUUCAUUCAUCCUACGAGCCGCAGGGGUUCUCAUAAGGGACAGUAUAACACACAGUACUUACGUGUUUGUUUAUUUUGACUCUGAAAAGCCAAGUGAUGAAAAUGGAUGGCUUUCCUUCUUGAGUGUGGAGAAGUUAACCGUUUGUAGGGUGGUCCAACUUUUCACGCACUACUUCAUUGGGGCAAAUUUUUUUUGGCUUCUAGUGGAAGGAAUUUACCUCCAUAGGUUAUUGGUAGCCACCGUACUCUCUGAGAAACACCUGCUGCAGAGAUGUAUGUUCAUUGGAUGGGGUGUUCCAAUUUUGUUUGUAGCCUCCUGGGGAAUAAUAAAAUACCAACUGGAGCAUGAAGGAUGCUGGGCAACGAAUCGGAACAUGAAAUUCUGGUGGAUUAUUCGAGGGCCUAUAUUUUUUUCCAUUGCUGUGAACUUCUGUAUCUUCUUACAAAUUCUAAAGUUGCUACUUUCAAAACUUAAAGCCCAGCAAAUGAAUUUCCAUGAUUACAAAUUCAGGCUGGCAAGAUCAACUCUGGUGUUAAUACCAUUACUUGGGAUUCAUGAGAUUGUCUUUUUUUUCAUCCUUGAUGAACAAGUGAAAGGGCUUUCCAGGCAUAUAAAACUCUUCAUUCAUCUGACAAUGAGUUCCUUCCAUGGGUUUCUUGUAGCACUUUUGUACUGCUUUUCUAAUGGUGAGGUGAAAGCUGAACUGCAUAAACAAUGGUCUCAUUUCCUGCUGGCAUAUCCUUUUGUCUGCCUGCCAUGGGAGAACAUCAAGCUCCUGGGGAGAUGUUCAAAGAAAUCCAAGAAACAGCGGCAGCACUCCUUGGAAAUGUCUUCGCCUCAGAGCUUGCAAGUGGCAAAGCAGAGACCAUGUUGCAGUGUUGAGCUAAGCCCAACAUGGAGGCCCAAGCCCAGAAAAAGCAGCUCAGACAGCAGUGAAGGAGAAGUCACCAUCGGUGAGACCACUGAGGAAGUCUUUGAAGAAAGUGAGAUUUAGAUGCCACAGUGCAACAGAAACAGAAAUGUCAUAAUGAAUUGGAACUAAGAGGGCAGAUCUUAUAUCAUGCAGAGCCUGAAAUCCACUGGAAUGAAUGAAAGGAAAGGACACAAACGACUGACUUGUAUUUUGCCUUCCAGAUAGUUUUGUCAAAGGUAAACAAGCGCAAAGCCUAGGAAUGGAACUGCAAAGUAAAUGGUCUUCCUUUGCCCUUCAGAAGCCAAAAAAUUCCAUGUUAAAUUAUGAGUACAAGGAA